AAAUAUUGUGCUUUAUACAAAGAGAUGGAUGCGGAUGGAAAUUUUAUUAUUAGUCAUGGAGUUUGGGAGCUCAAGGUGAGGCGACUUUUAUUGUCAUUUUUAUGGUUUUCAGGGGCUCAUUUACCAAUAGCUGCUUUGAAAAGGCAUAAUGCUGUACACAAGUUCCACAGCAUAAAGAUUGAUGAAGACAGUAUCAAAAGCUGUAUCAGGUAAUACAACGGCCGUUUGCAGCAAAUGGCCUUUACUACAGAUGCUCCUUUUGGCUAUAUACUCGUGAUUUUGCGUACCAUCCUGUCUAAUAGGGCGCCAGUCAAGGGGCAGAUGGCAUGAAGAUAAUAACAACUUUUUUUUAAAGAAAAGGAAGACUAUCAGAAACUAUAAGAGAGCGUCUAUGCUCUAUAUAUUUAGCAUGAUAUUCCAGCUGGAAUAAUAUAAGAGAGCAGACAAUUAGCUUUUAAC